AACUGAAAUAUUUAUUUUUAAAGUCUGUUUUAAAAGCACAAAACAUAACAAUCUUAAGGAUUUUUACUUCUUUUUACUUUAUAUGACAAACAUUCAUAAAGAGAUAGUAUACAUGGAAUUGAAGAGAAUAUCAACAAAGGGUCAAAGCAUUAACUGCAAAAAAAGCUCAGUUACAGUGUAUAUAGAAGUCUAAGAACAAAGUUUGAUAUAAGUUCUGCCUAUAAUGUUGCUGUAACCAAAGCCUUAGACAGAAAAUUUUCUUUGGUUUUACCUCAAGAAACAACACCUUUUAGGACAAUACCAGAUCACAUACAGAAGCCGCCAUACGCUGUAACUGGACAUUUGGCUCCAAAACAAAUUGGAGGAGAGGAUGUUGAAGUCAAGAAUAAACAUCAGAUAGUUGGAAUGAGAAAGGCUGGAAAAAUGGCAAGAAAAAUAUUAAACCAGACAGCAGAAUGUUUAAAGAUUGGAAUAACAACAGAUGAAAUAGAUGCAAAAGUACAUCAGCUGUGUAUAGAAAACGAUGUCUACCCAUCGCCAUUAAAUUACAAACAUUUCCCCAAAUCUGUGUGUACCUCUAUCAACAAUGUCGCUUGUCAUGGUAUACCUGACCUUCGACCUCUCACAGAUGGAGAUAUCAUCAAUGUUGAUAUAACAGUCUUUUGUGAUGGUUUUCAUGGUGAUUUAUCAGAAACUUAUUUGAUUGGUAAUGUAGAUGAGAAAGGGAGAAAACUUGUUCAUGCUACAAAACUGGCAAGAGAUGCAGCAAUAUCUGUGUGCAAACCUGGAGUUGAAUACUGUCAAAUUGGUAAAACAAUUAGUUCUGUAGCAGAAGCUCAUGGCUUUUCAGUAGUUCCAGCAUUUAUUGGUCAUGGAAUAGGAGAACGUUUUCAUUGUCCACCAGAUAUAUUUCAUUUUGCUUACGAGUCCCCUGAAGUAAUGAAAGAAGGAGUUACAUUUACAAUAGAGCCUAUUUUAUCAGAAGGUAAUGAUGAGGUAGAGAUAUUAUCUGAUGGUUGGACAGCUGUGAUGUGUGACGGGAGUAGGACGGCUCAGUUUGAACAUACAGUAUUAGUAACAAAAGAUGGAGUAGAAAUACUUACAGAGUAGACAAUUUAUAAUUUGACACAUGACUCUCAAUAGUUAUAAAUAAAAUAAUUUUAAAUA